UCCUUUAUUACCAUAUGUGCACGCACAGCAAGAGAGAGCGCAAGAGAGAAGCAGCACACGAGCGCUCCUCAACUCCUAAUUACUGAGCAAGAGAAAUCAAUCGGUUCGCCAUGGACGGCUGUGCGCAGAUGUGUAAAUGUUUCCUGAUCCUGUUUAACAUCCUCUUCGCUCUGGUGGGGCUCGGUCUGGUGGCUCUGGGAAUGUGGCUCCGGUUCGGCGCGGAGACCCGAGGCUUCUUCGACAUCGAUCUGCACACCACACAGUUCAACAUCGGAGUGAUGGUGCUGGUGGUCACGGGGGUCCUGAUGCUGCUGGUGGCCAUCAUCGGUGACUGCGGCGCCUGCAACAACAGCAAACCAGCUCUCGGCGUGUUUUCUGGCCUGCUGACCGUUCUGAUCAUCAUUGAAAUCACAGCCGGUGUGAUGGCCUUCAUGUGGAGCGACAGGGUGUCAGAUGAGUUGGUGAACUUCUAUGCCACCAUCUACGCUCAGUAUCUCAACACCAGGAGCCCCGCUCAAGCCGUCACCCUCGAAUUGUUCAACAAUGCUUUUGAUUGCUGCGGUGUCGGUGGACCGAUUGAGAUGUUUGUGCGAGACACCUGUCCAAAAGGCAGCUUUCUGCAGAAGCUGAUGUAUUCUAGCUGUCCCAGCGUGAUCAAGGACGUGUUCCACUCGAACGCUCCGCUGGUGUUGGGAGGGUUUCUGGGGACGGCAGGAAUCAUGGUGAGUCCGUCUGGAGCUCUGCAACGUUCACACAGCGACAUUCUAAAAUACUCAACGUGA